AUGCCGCUUCUGGGAAAUCGUCCUCAUGUAUUGAACUCUACUGUUCGAAAGUCCAAAAAAGUUGGUGAGGAAGCCCCGACCUACCAAUUUAUAGUCCCCGAAACGAAGGAAAUAUGUGCUUCUGUGGACGAACUUAAUCGUAAGACCAAAAUAUAUGAAUCUAAAAUUUGGACCUGCCGAGUUACUGGCAAAGCAAAUUUGACUUACAAAGAGGCUCUCAAAUCAGAACGUGAUACCUUACAUAUUCUUAAACAGUCUGUGUCUGAUUAUCAUCGGGGCAUGAUUCUCCAAAUCGUUCACACAAGUUCGUCCUCUCUUGAACCUCUAACAACUGAGUGUUGGACGAGAGUCCAUGAACGGUUCGCAGUUGGUGAACCUGUUUUAUUAAAAAUUGACUCAAAUAAACCAAUUUCAGCUAAGGUAGUGAGUGUGGACCCCACUAAACUUGUUGAACAAAUUGACCUCACCAAAGAUGAGACCAGUUCUCCAAAUAAUUCUGAUAAAGAGAAUAAUAAUAAUAAUGCCAAUUCUAAACGACUUCCAAUGCUGAAGGAUAUUUUCUCAUAUAGUGUUCAAAUUGAUUCGGAUGAACCGGUUAAGGUCAAUAAUGUCCCUUCUAAAUGCAUGCAGCGCAUCAAUCGAGCUCCCUCAAAAGACCACAUUCGAAUGUUUAUUCGAGCCCACGCAAUGCGUUAUGGGCCUGCAUCAAGUGGUCCUUGGAUUGUAGAUACCGGUUCUCUUAGGAAGUACUGUCCAAAUUUGAAAUUGUUUAACAAAACGGUUGACAAGGACAAACUGCGUAUUCUCUCAGAGACUUACGAGAUUAAAUUCUAUGAAAAAAUUGUUAGCCAGGAAGGCGAUGUUAAUGGUGAAACGGCCAUCAAAUUGUCUCCAAAGAGUCUAAAGCUCUUAAAAAACCUCUCUGUUCUACGUGAUGAUUCCAUUUUAUCAGUGGAUUCUCCCUCCAAAACGAAAACGCCGGAGAGAAAACAGCUGAAGGACACCCCCGAAUCAAAGUCCUCGAAGAAGAUGAAGCAAGCAAUGCUUCCAUUCGACAAGUCCGAGGAUUCGCCGACUUCAAGGAAAAAUAAGUCAAGUGCGCCUAUGAAGUCUGAACCACCUCUCCCUUUCAUUGCCAAGCGUCUUGUUCGACUCCUCAAGGGCAAGGCGGAUGCUAAUCUGCAAAAAAAGUUGGUUAAUCGAUGUGCUGAAGUCCUCACGGAUCCUCAAAUUAGAGCUCUUCCUGAAGAUGCCAGAAAGCUUGUUGUUGAAAAGAAGAUUACUCUUGAGCAUCGCAAGAAAAUGCAAAACAUGACCCUAGAGCAACAGAAGGCCUACUUAAAGGAACUACGUAAGCAAAGUCGCACACUCAUAGAUGAGAAUGCUCCAUCCCUUGAGAUCGAUGUUAAACCCCUACCCCAACCACGAGUCUUUUCUCUGCCCUCUAACAUGACUUCCCUCCAGUUCUCCCGUGUCCUUAGUUUCACGGAGUUCAUCGCUUGCUAUCAGCCGCUGCUAACUGAGAAUGCCCUCUCUCCGGGUGAGGCACUUUAUCCUUCACAGAUUAAGAAGCUUGCUGCGGAUAUGUGCCUCAAUGCUUGUGAGAUUAAUGGGGAGGAAGCGGAGGAAGAAUUUGACACUGACGUAGAAGAGGAAUCCGCGUUGACUUCUGCGGACGCCGGUCUACCGAAGGCCUCAAUUCAGGGUCUACGAUGUCUCAACUUGGAUCGUACACUUAAGGCGGUCAAUGAACCGCACAUGACGGCCUCGGCAUAUCGGUGUCUAACUCGCCCUAUGAGUGCCAUACUGCGGUUUCUUUUCCAAAGCGAACAGUACUCGGUAACUUAUUCUGGAAUUGCAUGA